GUUGCAAAAGAGCGUGGUGAGAUUAUAGAAAGAGAUCAUGAUGCAAUACAUGAUCAGAGCUGGUACCUGGACAAAGAACUUUGUGACAGACUUCUGCGGGAGUAUGGGGUUCAAGGUUACACAAUAGUCCAAUGUUUAGGAGACGCCAUUUUCAUCCCCGCUGGAGCACCUCACCAGGUGCGGAACCUGCACAGUUGUGUCAAGGUGGCAGAAGACUUUGUGUCCCCAGAACACUUGAAUCACUGUUUUCGUUUGACGCAGGAGUUUCGUCAGCUCUCAGAAACACACUCAAACCAUGAGGACAAGCUGCAGGUGAAGAAUAUCAUUUACCAUGCAGUGAAGGAUGCCAUUGCUGUGUUGAGAGAGAGAGAUCCUGAUGAUGAAUAA